AUGGCGGGUGCGCUGAAGAAGACCACGGGCCUUGUGGGGUUGGCUGUAUGUGAGACUCCGCACGAGAAGCUAAGAAUAUUAUACACAAAGAUUCUUGGUAUCCUUGAGCAAAUUCCCAAAAAUGCAGCAUAUAGGAAGUAUACAGAACAGAUUAUAAAUGAGAGGCUGGGUAUUGUUGAAGCGGAGCCAAAUGUUAAAAAAUUAGAAGACCAACUUCAAUAUGGCCAAAUAGAAGAGGUGAUUCUUCAGGCAGAAAAUGAACUAAGUCUGGCGAGAAAAAUGAUUCAGUGGAAACCAUGGGAGCCGUUAGUGGAAGAGCCUCCCGCCAACCAAUGGAAAUGGCCAAUAUAAUCAUUAAAUGACUUUGGUGGGUUGAUGGGAGGCUAAUAUGAUUAAGUGUGCUGUUAUAUUAAAAAUAUUUCCAUAUUAUUGACAUCAAGAAAACUGAUAAGAACAUAUUUAGGAAACUUGUUAAAAUUAGUGAUUAUGGUUAUAGGGUCGUGAAUCAGUUUUUAGUUUGUAUUCACUCAAAUUAUUUCAAAGAUUAUAUUUCUUUGAACAGAGGGGUUGUGGGAAGAUUUGAAAGUUAAUUAGAAAUAUUUCUACAGAUCUUUAUUGCAGAUGCCAUAAUUGAAAGGUAAAGUAUCUUUAGUAGUAUCUUCAAUAUGUCAUUUAAUUUUUUUUAUUCUGAGAAAAAAGAGAAAAGGCACUUGAUUAUUAUUGUCUAAAUAGAUUUAUAGGUCACUGUUUGAAGUGAGGUAAUAAGAGAAUAUUUUCAAAUGUGAUAAAAUGUCAAAAGUACCUGGUGAUAAAAUUUAAAAUUGAGAUUAACCUCUUUAGCUGUGAUCCUAUGAAUAUAAAGUAAAAUUUAAAUAUAUAUUUACAUACUGAUUACCAAAUUCAUUAUGUCAUUUUGUUUUAGCCUAUAUUUGAAUUAUUUGUUCCAUUUACUUUGUUUUCAUAUUGUCUUCAUUUUAUCAUAUUUUGUUAUUACUCUAUUAUCUUUGAAGGCCAUCAAAUUAGAAUUCGUUGAGCAGAAGAAACUGAUUUGUUAUUUGGAAAAAAGAUUUCUUACUGUACAAAGGUAAUUGGAAAGGUUUUCCUUUUGUCUCAUUUAAGAAAGUUAGCUUUCUGGCACUUAGCCUUUAAUUUUCUUGAUCAACCCAACUAUAUCAUGAUAGAGUUAGAAUUUCUGUAAAAGAGGAAAUAUUAAGAGUUCCUGAAGUUUACCUGGUAUAUGGAUAGGCUUAUAUUCAAAACUUCUUAGUCAUAUAGGUAUAACUUCAAAGUGAGAUCACUAAGUAAUUUUCACUGAAUUUCUAAUAUGAGUACAGCUGGACAUCAAAAAAAAGGCAAAUGCUGUUCAAGGAAAGAAGAAACUGGCAACCUUAAGGUUAAACAAAAGUAAAAUUACUUUUCAUUUGUCCUCACUUUUUCUUCCCGGCCCACUAUCAUUUCUAAAUGCCUGGUAAAAUUUAAUUGGUAUCUCUUUCCUUCACAGGUAAUACUUUUGUUUUUCUGUGUAUUUGUGUGUGUGUGUGUGUGUGUGUGUGUGUGCGUGCAUGUGUGUGUAUAUUUUGCUAUCUCUUGUGGCAAAACAGAACCUUUCAGAAUGAGAAAAAAAUUGUAUUUUUUCUUUUUUCUGGUGUAUCUCUUCCUGAUAGAGCUGUAAGAUGAAUGCUAAAUAAAUAUUAAAUAAGAUGGAUUGAGUUACUUCCUAGAGGUUAGAUUGCGAGAAAGCUCUUUCUGGUGGAGAAGUAGGAAAAGCAUUAGAGGGAGAGUCAGAAGCCCAGGGGUUCUCAUUCCCAUGGUUCUAGUGCCAUCAUGAACUCAGUGACUAAAUUGAGGCAAGCUGUCGACCUCUCAGAAUGGCCUACUUCCUUCUCUGUAAAAGAAAUAGAACUUAUGCAUUAUAACAACUUUUUCAGUUCUAAACAUUUCCUGUAAUAUAUAAUACAUUAUAUUUAUUGAGAUCAAAAUAUAUGAUCCUAAAGUAUGUUUGCAUGGAUGCUUUCAAGUUAAUUUUCUAACCAACCAGUUUUUCAGGUUCGUUGGUCACAUAAAAUCAGAAAGGUGGCUUGUUAUGCCUUUGUCAUACUGUCAGUCCCACUUUUGCUAUGAUUCUCGGGCAUCUUUUAUGUUUCACCAGCAGUGCUACCGUAGUUUUAUUGAUAAAAAUGUACCUUACUGGUGUUUGCAUUAGAAAUGCUAAUGGUAAAAUAGUAAUACUCAUUGUAAAAAUAGUAUGAUGGUAAUAAUAGUUUUUGUUGACACUUUAAUAUGAAUGCCAUGCACUGUCAUAAGUACUUGACUGAUUUCACUCAUUAAAUCUGCACUGCAACCUCAA